AAGGAAAGUCGAAGGCCGCGGCUCUCUGCCCUCAGAUCUCGCCGUUUCACUGCGAGACCCGCCUAGGAGCGACCUCCGACCGCCAUGAAUGGCGAUUCUGCUCUUCUUGGAUCACGUAUCUAGAUCCUGAGAUCUUUGUCGCAGAUCUGAAUUGCACCGCGUUCUUGAUCUUUUGUUCGAUAGAGAGAGAUUGGCUGAGAGGAGUGCGGGGGGAAAGAGAUGCUUCGGCUCAGGGCAUUCCGUCCAUCGGCUGAAAAGAUCGUAAAGAUUCAGCUUCACCCCACGCACCCAUGGCUCGUCACCGCCGAUGACUCCGAUCGCGUCUCCGUUUGGAAUUGGGAGCACCGCCAGGUGAUUUACGAGCUGAAAGCCGGCGGGGUUGAUGAGAGGCGGUUGGUUGGGGCGAAGCUGGAAAAGCUGGCGGAAGGAGAAUCUGAGUCCAAAGGAAAACCCACAGAGGCCAUCCGUGGUGGAAGUGUGAAGCAGGUUAGCUUCUAUGAUGAUGAUGUGCAGUUCUGGCAACAUUGGUGUAAUCGCUCUGCGGCUGCUGAGGCUCCAACUGCAGUCAAUCAACAUGCCUCUGCUUUUAGUUCUCCUGCCCCAUCCACUAGAGGAAGGCAUUUUCUUGUCAUUUGCUGUGAGAAUAAAGCCAUAUUUUUGGAUUUGGUGACCAUGCGUGGACGUGAUGUUCCUAAGCAGGAGCUUGAUAACAAGUCUCUUCUUUGUAUGGAAUUCCUCUCUAGAUCUUCUGCUGGUGAUGGCCCUCUUGUUGCAUUUGGUGGAUCCGAUGGCGUAAUAAGAGUUCUUUCUAUGAUAACAUGGAAGCUUGUUCGAAGGUAUACUGGUGGUCAUAAAGGAUCAAUAUCGUGCUUGAUGACAUUUUUGGCAUCCACUGGCGAGGCAUUCUUAGUUUCUGGUGCUAGUGAUGGCUUGCUUAUUUUAUGGAGCGCAGACCACAUCCACGAUUCACGAGAACUUGUACCCAAGCUUAGUCUGAAGGCACAUGAUGGGGGGGUUGUGGCCGUUGAGCUUUCAAGGGUGAAGGGAAGUGCUCCACAACUCAUUACUAUUGGUGCCGAUAAAACUUUGGUUAUUUGGGAUACUAUCUCUUUCAAGGAAUUGAGGCGUAUAAAACCAGUUUCAAAACUUGCUUGUCAUAGUGUGGCAUCUUGGUGCCAUCCCCGGGCUCCAAACCUUGAUAUUCUUACUUGUGUUAAGGAUUCUCAUAUAUGGGCUAUUGAACAUCCAACUUAUUCAGCUUUAACAAGACCAUUGUGCGAAUUAUCAACACUUGUUCCUCCACAAAUUCUAGCAGCUACCAAGAAACUAAGGGUUUACUGCAUGGUUGCACAUCCAUUACAACCACAUCUUGUUGCUACUGGAACAAAUAUUGGUGUUAUUUUAAGUGAGUUUGAUCCAAGGGCUCUUCCAGCCGUGGCUCCUCUACCAACACCACCGGGUAGCAGGGAACAUUCUGCAGUAUACAUAGUUGAAAGGGAGCUUAAGUUACUAAAUUUUCAGCUAUCAAACACAGCCAAUCUAUCUCUGGGAGGUACGAGCAGCAUAUCUGAAACAGGAAGAUCCAGAGCAGAGUCAAUGGAACAGUUGCUUGUUAAGCAGACCAAGAAGCACAUUAGCACACCUGCUCCACAUGAUUCCUAUUCAAUUCUCUCUGUGAGCAGUUCUGGAAAGUAUGUUGCUAUCAUAUGGCCUGAUAUUCCUUAUUUUGCAGUGUACAAGGUCAGUGAUUGGUCAGUUGUUGAUUCAGGGACUGGAAGGCUAUUUGCUUGGGACACUUGUCGUGACAGGUUUGCUUUGGUGGAGGCUGCAUUACCUCCAAGAGUACCACUUGUUGUUAAAGGUGGUUCAUCUAAAAAGGCAAAAGAAGCUGCUGCUGCAGCAGCUCAAGCAGCAGCAGCGGCUGCUAGUGCAGCUUCUGCAGCAACAGUACAAGUGCGUAUUUUACUGGAUGAUGGGACUUCACACGUUUUGACUAGGUCUAUUGAAGGUCGUAGCGAACCAGUUAUUGGUUUGCAUGGUGGUGCAUUGCUUGGUGUAGCUUAUCGAAUGUCACGAAGGAUCAACCCAGUAGCUGCAACAGCUAUAUCAACAAUUCAAUCAAUGCCAUUAUCGGGCUUUGGCAAUAGUGGAUUUGCUGCAGCUGAUGAUGCCUUUUCUUCGAACAAACAGUCUGCUGUUGAAGCAGCACCUCAAAAUUUCCAGCUAUACAGUUGGGAAACCUUCCAACCUGUAAGUGGUCUUCUCUCUCAGCCAGAGUGGACUGCAUGGGACCAAACUGUCGAGUAUUGUGCUUUUGCCUAUCAUCAAUGUAUUGUCAUAUCUUCAUUGCGCCCUCAGUAUAGGUAUCUUGGAGAUGUGGCAAUUCCCUUUGCUACUGGUGCUGUUUGGCAUCGCAGGCAGCUGUUUGUUGCUACACCUACUACCAUUGAGUGUGUUUUUGUAGAUGCUGGAGUUGCACCCAUUGACCUUGAAACCAAAAAGAGAAAGGAAGAAAUUAAAAUCAGAGAAGCUCAAAGCAGAGCAGUUGCUGAACAUGGGGAGUUGGCACUUAUUGCAGUAGAUAGUGCACAACUUGCCACAGAUGAAAGGAUCUCAUUAAGGCCUCCAAUGCUGCAGGUAGUUCGAUUAGCCUCUUUUCAGCAUGCUCCUUCAAUACCGCCAUUCAUAGCAUUGCCAAAACAGUCCAAAGUAGAUGGAGAAGAUACAGUUAUGCAGAAAGAGGUUGAAGAAAGAAAAGCUAAUGAAGUUGCUGUUGCUGGAGGCGGGCUAUCCGUGGCAGUCACUCGUUUUCCUCCAGAACAGAAACGCCCUAUAGGACCUCUUGUUGUGGUAGGUGUCAGAGAUGGGGUUCUUUGGCUCAUUGACAGGUACAUGUGCGCGCAUGCCUUGGCUCUUAGCCAUCCAGGUAUUCGUUGCCGGUGCCUUGCUGCCUAUGGAGAUGCAAUUAGUGCAGUGAAAUGGGCAAGUAGACUUGGUCGGGAACACCAUGAUGAUUUGGCUCAGUUCAUGCUUGGGAUGGGAUAUGCAACUGAAGCUCUUCAUUUACCUGGAAUAUCCAAAAGGUUGGAGUUUGACUUGGCCAUGCAGAGCAAUAACUUGAGGAGAGCGCUUCAGUGCUUGUUGACUAUGAGUAAUAGCAGGGAUAUUGGGCAGGAAACUGCUGGCACAGAUGUGGCUGAGAUUCUCAGUUUGACAGCGGCUAAGCAGGAGAAUCUCGUGGAUGCUGUCCAAGGAAUAUCCAAGUUUGCCAAGGAGUUUAUGGACCUAAUUGAUGCUGCAGAUGCUACCGGACAAGCUGAUAUAGCCCGUGAAGCUCUCAAGAGAUUAGCUGCUGCAGGAUCUGUAAAAGGUGCUUUGCAAGUAAAAGUCUUGAGAGGAGUAGCCCUGCGACUUGCAAAUCAUGGAGAGCUGACUAGGCUUUCGACAUUGGUCACUAAUCUGAUUGCAUCUGGCCAUGGACGUGAGGCGGCAUUUGCUGCUGCAGUUUUGGGUGAUAAUGCAUUGAUGGAGAAGGCAUGGCAGGACACCGGGAUGCUUGCAGAGGCUGUACUCCAUGCUCAUGCCCAUGGUCGCCCAACACUGAAUAACCUGGUCCAAGCAUGGAAUAAGAUGCUGCAAAAGGAGCUUGAGCAUACACCCUCUGCAAAAACUGAUGCCGCUGCAGCAUUUUUGGCAUCACUCGAGGAAACAAAACUCACGAGCUUAGGGGAAGCUGGAAAGAAGCCUCCUAUAGAGAUCCUUCCUCCAGGGAUGGCAUCUCUCUCAGCUCCACCUAUUACAAUUAAAAAGCCUCCUACUUCUACCACGUCAACACAGGCCCCUACCCCCACAUCAGCACAAAGCACUGCUUCCACUGCAGCACAGAGCAAAUCUACUGCCACCCAGGGCAGUUCCCAGCCAGAGCCGGAUAAGCCGUUAAUGUUGGAAGCGCCUCCACCUGCUGAGCAAACAGAUAGCAAUCCUCCAGUCUCUGAGCCUGCGAGCAGCCCAGUUGCCUCCCCAGAGGUUGUUGAAGUUCCACCUGCCACAGAGGCACCACCUUCUGCCGCAGAGACUGUUGCCUGAACCUUUUACUUUCCUUGAAUAUAUUUCUACUCCAUUCUUUUUGUGGUAUUCCUGUAGGUUUCUCUUCUAAGUUGAUUUUAAUCAAGGGAGCUAGUGAGUGGUAUAUGGCCUUCUUCUCUCUGCUGGUUAGCUUUACCGAGAAUUGUUACAAAAUGUAUCAGACGUAGCAUGUCAACUGUUUGGCACACUGCCAAACAUAAGAUAGUCGGUUUAAGUCAUUCGUUCUGUAUUGCUUGGAGUAUAAGCUUAAUUUAUACUAAUUUUGUUCCAAGAUUGGCUCAUAA